AGCGUUGGCAUGGCGGGGCUGGGCGGGGGUCGCGGCCGCCAGAAGAUACCACCACUUUGUGAAGAAAUUCGCCUGUUGGUGCGUGCGUGGGAAUGAAACAGGGUUUUUUGAAUAACUCUCCUCGAAUGCAAACAACUACAUAACCAUGGAUUCCUACGGUAGAGUUGGAAAUAGUCAAAUGAAGUCUAAAAUAUUAGUCAAAAGAGGCUUCAGCGAAGGUGUGCGGCAGUCUGUGAAGUCAUUGGUACAGAGCCGAAAAGAAUUAUGCAGCGUGUCAGUGGGGGAAUACUUAAAGCAAGACGAAGCCAGCAGCUUGAUUGAGGUCACCUUCUUAGGUUUAUCUGAGGCAGCCAGCGAAGCUCAAGUGCAGGAGUUAGCUGCCAUAUCUCUGGAUCUCCCAGAUCUUCUGAAAUCUCUCCACCUUUGCAGUCUAAAUGAAAAUGAAAUCAUUUUUCUGAAGGACAUAAAUAAGCCCUUGGAAGCAAAUGAUGGCACUCUAAAACAGAAUCAUGUUCCUGGAGUGCUCUGUGUGAUGAGAGUAUCGCCGGUAACAUUCCCAGGACUAGGAGCUGAUUUUGUAUUUAAUCUGCUGAGCAAAUACGCUACAGGCGUACGGUACACCUUGGAGACUUAUUCACAUGAAAAGCACCACCUGGAGUCAUCUGGAGAUGAUGACACCAAUCAGUCAGUGUCAUCUAUUGAGGAUGAUUUUGUCACAGCUUUUGAGCAUUUAGAUGAAGAGGAGCCGUCAAAGCCGCACAGGGCUGGGUUUAGCAGUGCUAUGCCACGGAGCCAGCAAGAUGCUGCUUCCCAGACCCAUCCUGCUCAGUGCUUGGAAGCCAGUAAUUCAAAGAGUCUUGGGAGUGCCGGGCGAUGGAAAUCAACUGCUAAUUCUGCUUCUCUGAUCAACAUAUUGAGACUGAAAGAACUACCUUUGAAAAAUUCAGUCACAACAUCUAUUUCAGAUCCUUGGAUACAGAGGAGUUUGUAUAGGUCAGGUAACCCUGCAGAGAAAGGGACUGUUUCUCAGAAAACUUUUUUCUCCUCCUCUCCCGCCGACUCAUCUGAAUCAGCAUGCUCAAGCCCAAGUCCCGUUCUUUUCUUGGACGAAGAGGGUUAUCAAAAAAGUCUCAAGGCAAAGCUGGAGCUGCCCCAAAUCCCCGGACUAAAAGAUGGCGUGGAGGACUCGGACUCAGAAGUGAGUGAAUUUUUCGAUAGCUUCGACCGCUUUGAUGAACUGGAGAGCGCCGACCAAGGGGCGAGAGACCCGGUCCAAAGCGAUCCAUCCCAGAAGAGACUCCACAAGCAGGAGGAGGCUUCUUCCAUGCCCACAAUGAACCCUCCAAAAUUCAAGUUUGAUCGCCCCACUCUCCCUGCUAAUGUAAGAAAGCCAACUCCCCGGAAACCAGAAUCCCCCUUCAGUAGCCUGUACGACGCGCCGGACUCUCCUCGCCCGGUGAAAACGUCUGGAGACGAUGGCAGUUUGUUUAGUCCCAUUCGAUCCUCCGCUUUCAGCCCUCCCGGAGGCUGUGUCACCAGCGAAUGUUUCUGUCAAGUAGAAGGCAGCGGAGACAGAUUUAACGAAAACCAUGGUACACUUCAUCGUGCGUACUCGGAUUAUGCAAACAGCGUUUCACGGGACAUACUUAGUUCAGCUUUUCAUUCUCGGCCUACGGCAGCUCCCGAACCUACAGAGACUUUCGUGGAUCGUUUUGCAUCAGAGGAGGGAAAAAGUCAAACCGAAGAGCUCGAGCACCAAAGUUUGGGAGAGGAGCUUAACUGGAAGGUGAAAUACCAAAGCAGGUCUGUAACGCUGAAAGACAGCAUUCAGAAGUUUGCAGCAGACCUUGUGGAGAGAAGUUUCGGCAGUGCAUUUAAAGACUUACGAAAAGGAGUCUCAUCUUGUACCAGCGCACUGUGUCAUUUAGCUAUCAAAUUAACUUCUUCAGUUUUUCAAAUGGCAUUUUAUGAGCUUGGAAGACGGAGAGCGGUCUCCCUAAAAGAACGUGCCGUCAGCAGCCUGGCGAAUUUUUUGGUGAGCGACGCUCUCGCCACCGCCCUGAAAGACUUGCGGUAUGUAAAGAAACAGAUAUUCACGAGCACAGUGGCGAGAUUUGCUGCAGACCUGGCUGAAGAACUUGUUUUUGAAGGAAUUAUGGAAGUCUGCCAGUUUUCCCAUCCACCACCGCACACAGGUACACAGUGCGGGGCCUUUCGGAAUGAUGACAAAGCAGUGAUGUCGUACGCUAGGGAUCUGUCUGAUUCUGUCAUUCAGGAAGCAUUCAUUGAACUCUCCCAAGUUGAUGUGACUUUUACAACUCAAGCAGCCAUUAGUGUUUCAGUGAACAAUAUGAAGUAUGUAAGGGCAGAAAAUGUCUUUCAGUCAACACAGACAUCCGCUUCAUUGCCUUCUUUUCGCAGUAGAAUGAUGGUCCCGCCGAAUCCAGUGCAGGAAUCUGGAAAAGAAUUUACAGUUCGGCAAGCCUUAUUUUAUACUACUGGGAUAGUUACUUCUGUACCGGUGCCCUCGGCAGGAAGUACUCUUUGCCAGUAUCGCACUUCAGAUAAUACGCGUAGAGACUCCCCCGAAGCACGCUUUACAGGAUUAGAAAAGAAAGAAGAGCAACCUUGCCUUAGAAAUAUUCAUCUAGCGUCGGAACAUACUCGAAGUAAUGAAAAUCGCCAUCGUUCUCCCGGUAGUCCGCGUGAUUUGCAACUAAUGACCGAUAGUGGAACGAGUAGCAAUUCAGAGCUAGCAGAUGGGGCGAUGAAUAGCAACCAUUUUUCUGGAACAACAGUGGAUAUGGUAGUAAAUGAGCCUUAUGAAAUGAUAACUUCCCCUAAGGUUGCAAAAACAGUGGAAGACUAUGCAGAUUUUUUAACACGGAAAAUGACAGGGGGAAAGAAAAGUUCUCCACGAUGCAUGGGUGAAAAGAGCUCCAAGGUGUGUUUUGCUGAUCAUUUAUCCAAAUAUAUUGUCCAACAUUCCAUAGGUGAAACCAAAUCAUUGGGAUCAAAUGUGAGUAAGAACGUAGUGUCUAAUACACAUGUACCAGCAAGCACAAGCAGUGUUCAGAAGGACGUGUGUAGUAAAAGAUGUAUGAAGAAACACGAACCAGAAGCACAGCAGUUUUCAGUCGCACUUGGGGAAGAUAAAUUGCCAGAAACGAAGCCCUCCAAAUUUCUCACGGCCCCAGGUCACCCCACCCAGGGCUUGUUUUCAGCAGAAAAGGACUGCGGUCAAGAACGUAAAGAAUCAGUAACUCACAGGUUUUCGUCAGCUACACCACCACCAUUUCCAACUGGGACUCCCCAGCUGUGUAGUUCAGGUGAGCUUACUGGAGAUGCAGGAGGCCGCUCACUUAAGCCUUUCAGUAAAUUAUUAAAAAGACACGAACAGAGUAAGACCGCUCCAGCCACUCUUCCUUCCGGACAAGAAAGUUGCGUUUCUCAUUCCCAAGCCACCUUACCGAAACUGCUUUCCGGUGAGGACGUCUUGUUUGAGGAAGACAAGCAACCGAUCCGAGAGGAAAGUGUCGUGACACACGGCGCCUCACCGCCAACUCCUCUCGGACCGCCCCAAGCUGAUCCGGAAUGGAAUCUGCAGAAGUUAACCAAGAAACUGAAGGGUGAGCUAGCGAAGGAAUUUGCACGUAAUCCAGUCGUUCUUAAUUCGUCCGACGCCGAGCGCGAUACCAUCGAAAAAGAGGAAUUGGUGCUGAAACUCACGCGAUCGCUCUCAGACGAAGUAGAAAGCAGCAAAGAUGAAGAGUAUCCCAAAAUGGUUUUAGAUGAGGUAGGGCGUUCACCGAAAACAGUUCAGUAUGCCGAUGAUUUAGCUACACACAUCGUUUCUCUGGCAACUGAAAUGGCUGCUUCCCAUUUAGAUGAUAAAACCAUCCAAACCCACAGUACUCAAACUUCUCGUUAUGAUGUUCACAACCGAGGACGUGGGAAUACUACCUCUGUAAAUAUGCCAGAUGAAACUGUACGAUCCCUGGGGAAGUAUGCAGGGGACGUGGCUCGCGAGGUCAUCAGUGAGGCUAAAACGACGGUGACAUCGAGGCAUUGUAAACAACUCAGGCUGAAGAGAAUGAGCUGCCCCUGGGGUGGCCUUUAUGGAAAGAGAGCGGAGAAUGAAUGUCUGUCAAAACAGAAGAGGGACGGACUCUCCCUGCAGGGACCGAGAGAAGUCGAUUCUUCCCUUCUUUCUUUGCCUCAAGAUCCCUGUACGUCAGGUCUCACGUCCAGGUAUCCCAGUUGCGAGAGUGUGACCGAUGAAUACGCGGACCACGUUAUACAAAUUCUCCGGAGGGAGGGUGGCAGCCAGGAGUUGUUAAUGGAUCAGUAUGCCAGUCGACUUGCUUACCGAUCUGUCAAGUCAGGGCUGCAGCAAGCCUUGAAGAAAAUCAAACUGAAAUGUAACAGAAGAAUAUUGUCUCGACAGAGCUCCCUGGUGAGCACUAAAAAUGAGCUGUUGGAGUUCUUAACCAAGGAGCGGGACCAAGGUGUAGAGACAAAGAGGCAAAGCAAAAGAAAUGAAGUUCAUAAUUGUGCAACUCAAGCUCAGGAGGCAACUGAUGACUCCCGGAGAGCUGAGAGUGCGGAACUGGUACAUUUUUCAGACUGCCUUGCUCAGAACAUAGCCCGUGAUGUCCAGAAAAGCCUGAAAAUGGCCACUUUUUGCCUCCCGAAAUCCUUAACUGAUUCUUGCCUUUACGAGAAACCUAAAUGUGAUCAAGUUCCUGAGGAUCUCAUCAAAGCAGCAUUUUCUAAGCCUCUUCUGCCUUCUUCAGGGAGACAUAAACUUUAUCGCAGUACCGGCAGUUUAGAUGAAUACGAAUUGGGAGACGGCGUCUUUCAAACUAUUGAACAGUAUGCCAGGAAAGUAGUGGAUGACUCCAUGGAAAUGAGUUUGGAAUCUGCCGUGCUCCAAGGUGCUGAAAACAGAAAAUCUACAGAUUGGUCCACUUACGCGGAGAAGUUGUCACCUCUUUCGGGAACAGCCUGCAGAUACUGUAGUGUAAAAGAACACCAGUAUUGUAGUGGAAAGUCAUCACAGUUCCUCUCUGGGCAGGAGCCAGCUGUUAGGAGCAAGCCAGUGUCUAAUUCAAGACUUGGCAUAGUCUGUCAGAAAGCGAGACUCCUUCAUCUUGACGUUCCCAGAAUCCACAUUAAUCUUGAACAGAAGACAGAAUUUGCCGAGAAGGUAGUUGCCGCAGCUAUUGAAAAAGCAGAACGAGAACUGAGUAAUGCCAGUCUGACAGCUGAUAGCAGAAUUGGACAGGAUGGUGUUAGUUUUGCUGAAAGCCUCACUACCGAAAUAAUGACUUCAGCCAUGACAAACAUUGGUCACACUGUUAAUAUAAGUUCACUAGGCAAAGAAGGACUGCUUCAGUCAGCUCAGUCUGUCGGGAAUCAGCAGAUGAGCCUGAGCAUCGGGGACGACAGCACCGGGAGUUGGUCCAAUCUGAGUUUCGAAGAUGAACAUCAGGAUGAGAGCAGCAGUUUUCUUCAUCUCAGUGACAGUAAUGGUAUCAGCAGUAGCUGGAGCAGUCUUGGUUUAGAAGGAGAUAUGUAUGAGGAGAAUUUAUCCUUUCCGCCAUCAGACAGUGAUGGAGUGGACGAUAAAGAUGAAGAUCCACAGGGCCUAGGACCAGGCCUGGGGCACGCUGGAAAGACGUUGUUAGUCACGAAUCUUGAUACGGACCCGUGUGCCGGGGACGCCCAGCUGAGGACCGUUCUGCAGUGGCUUGUUGCCUCUGAGGCAGAGGUGACCCAGCUUCAUUUUCGUGACUUGGCCAAGAAAGAUUUCAUACAUUUUUCAAAAAGAUUACGGGAGAAAGAAUGGAAAGUCGGAGAUGUCCUGCAGGCCGUGCUGAAAUACUGUGAAAUGCAGGACAGAGAUUCUGAUGAGGAGAGGAGUAAACCGUUAUUUUGCUGGCUCUUGGAAAAUGCCUAAAACAAAUCCAAAGAUGAAAAAUCUUCUUUACUUCGUUUCUUUUGGUCAUCAAAGGAGGAAAGUAUAGGUCAUGGAUUUGAAGAAAAAAAUAUAUAAAUGGUGAAUGUUCCUGGUAGAAUUCAAAGAGACCGAUGGGGAGUCAAUCUAUCUUUGCUGUAAAUGCUUUGUGACGCAGGGUGUGUAUGCAGUACGUUUAGUUUUUCCCUUUGCAGUCAGUAUCAGAAUAAUAUGUUUAUUUAAUCUCAGUUUAUAGGCGUAUUGCGUUCAGAUUGUAGGAAAAGUGUGUGAGAGAAAUCUGAGCAGGUGCUGGUAUCUGACAGGAUUUCUGGUGUAUCCGGAAUGCUUCUAGAGGCUGUUUCUAUGGUUUGGAAUAAGCCAUUCUGUUCUGGAAGGGGCUGUUCGUAGAUUCUAGCAGCUGACCAUUUUCCCUGCUUCAACUUUCUGGUGUCAUGUGCGCUCCGUUUUAAAAUCGCCUCUGAAAUUCAUCUUCUGACAGUAACUACUGCCAUGAAGACUGAAGGGUCAUUCUUUUCUUUAGGGAAGUCUUACCAUCAUCAGCCAGCGUUGUUUUUAUCAUCCUCUUCCUUUUUCAUGGUUUAUAUAUAAAGAUUUUUCGUUCUUUAAGUGCUCCAAUCCAAACAGCAUGCUUUUUAUGAAAUGAAGACGUUAGAACCUUAAAGUAACCACAUACCUGACCGAAGUCUUUCUCAAGUAGAAGGAAUAGUACUUGCGUAAAGAACCAACCCAUUCUGGAUUGGAAGGAUGUGUGUGUUUAUGUGUAAACUAUAUGCUCUACAAAUGCUGCUUCCUGGGACCCUUUUCAAGGAGUUCUUCAAAUCCAGACAUCUCUGGGAUUGGAGUUUAGAUUUCUGUGCACGGUUUCUGUUCAAAUACGUUAAGUUCCCAGAUUUACCCCACAGCUUAGCUGUUUCCACAAAUGUCAUUAGGGUUUAUGGAUUUUAGGUGUACCAGAUAGGUUACAGAUAUUGUAAAGUUGUUUUCUAUCUGCUAGAGUGAUGAAAUUCUGAUGUUUGUCAUGGAGAUGGAGGGCAUUCAAGCUUGUGGGGAUGUAUUGGUGUGUUUAGUAAAGAGGCUUUUCAACCUCUCCUUUCCCACCCAAGCCCUGCUAAGGAAGGAAGCUGAAAACAGGACCACGACUGAAGAUUUAGGGAAUGGAGCUGGCAGGGAGGAAUGUGUGUGUUUGUGUGUGUAUGUAUGUAUGCAUGUAUGUCUGCUCAUGAACACAUGGGGCUGCGUGUUCUGUGUCUGAGAGUUGUUUUCUAAAUCAUUCACUUUGGGAGACCAGAUCCGGGAGGAAAAGAGGUAUUGGUGGAAGUCUAGGAUGAUCACGUUUGGAGACACUCCAGCCUCUGUAUCACCGCCACUACGUCCUCUAAAUCCUCCUUCUAGGUGAAAGGUGGAAAGUUUUUUGAAGCAUUUCAAGUUUGUGAAUACACCUAUGUAAAAUAGUGCUCUGGCACCAGCUUUUUAGACUACCCAUUUUCUACUGCUUUUUAUUGUCUGUUGCUAAUCGGUAUUUUUUUGAAGUAGGGGACUGAGUCACGAGUGACUGUUUCUCCUUCUCUGCCUGGGCAGCGGACUCGGGCAAAUCAUUAGAAAUAAGGACCCCUAUGGUUCUGCAUUUACUGAGCACUUGUUGGCGUCUAGGUGUUGCGUAGAACAAACUAAGACAACCCUUGCCCAGGUAACCCAAGGUAAAUAAAAUGUUUGUAAAGUGACAGUAUUAUAAUGAACUCACUUAUUUAAUUUGGUUUUUGUAACCACCGUCUCCUUUCAGCUCUUUGAGAAUAUUUUAUUGGAAAGCAAGUAGAAAGAUCAUUUUAAAAUUCAAUUUUAUCUGAAAUGCACGCAGUGUAUUAUCAGAAUUGUCUCUUUUGAAGCUUGGCUUGAAACAUCUUUGACUCUCUAGGCGUCGGGAAGAUUCUUCCUUUAUUAUCAUUAAGUAAGUUUAUUGGUGAUCAAAUUUUUGUGUUGCACUCUAGUGGAAAUAUAUUAAGAGCUACCAAGUUACGGUCAAAAUCAUAGAUGUCAGUAGGAUUAAUCGGCAUCAGAACAGAAUUCUGAAUUUCAUUUUUGCCUUUGUUUUGCUGAGAUAUUUUAACUCAGUUUAUUUCAAAUUUGUUUUGUGUCUCCUUUUCCAAGCCUCUGCAGAGCUGUGUUGAGUUCAGAGUAACAUCAUCUUGCCAGCAUGUAGAUUGCUGCUGUUAAACAUUUAUGUGAAAAAACUGUCACCUCAGAAAGGCUCAAUAAUUUAGAUGUGAUUGACAGUAAACGCCACACUCCAAACAAAUUAAAAAAUCAUUAGCGAGAAGACGGUUACACAGGUGUAGAAAUAUAGCCAUUCAUUGAGCUCCCUGGAGUUGGAAGAUCUGCCAAACACCUCUUAUUCGGUUUUACCUUGGUUUUCUCUAGAGGUACUUUCUUUAUCUAAAUCGUUUUUUAAAGAGCUAUCGAAUCGAACUGGCUGCUUAUGUUUGAGUAAUUAUUGACUAUUUCAUGAGCGUGUGUGCGCUGGAAUUUAGCAAGAUUUCCACUUCGUGUCUAGUUCUUUUCAAAGCUUGGGAUGAAGCAUCCACUUUGUGGAAAUUUCAAUCCUAAUAUACUCAGUUUUUUCUUUUUUUUAAGAAAAAAAAUUGUUCUUAUCAAACUGCAUCCUUUUAAAAUAAACUCCCUCUCGAGAGUUCCAGAAAAAGAAGGAGGGGAUGAUGUGCUUUGGUAACCAUUUAAUUUCAGACUGAUGGAUGCAGAUCUGAGGGUUGCCUUUCCCAAGCCAAAUUUCAAUCCCAUUUUAAUAUUUAAAAAUUAUCACUCAUAUCAUUUGUGAUAGUUUUAAAUAUUUUCCAGUUCUCGAGCUGGAAGUGAAACUCAUCACAAAGAGAAGUGAUGGUGUAAAUUGCAAGGUUUUAUAACAGAUUUAAGGACAUGAAAAAUCAUACUCUUUUAUAACGUUAUUUGAGGGGAGCCUGGUGGAAUCCAUGUGGUAAAAUUAAUUUUUGUUUUGAAAAAUAUCUAACUUUUCUUUCAAAUAUGAAACACAAGAGCCUCCGUCCAUGAUUCUUAGAGUGAGCUUAAAUGAUGGGCCUGGUUCUGAGCGGAGGAAGGGAAUGAAUUGCUUAUUUUGCAUCCUAGAAGAAGUUAUUUCCAGGUGAGCAAUCCACUCAUCUUUCAUCAGCAGCAGCCAGUCACAGCUCCCCGUUUCUGGUGCCAUUUUGAAGCAGAUUACGCUCUCCCCAAGUCAUAUGUCAAAACGCUACCCUCCCAAAUUUAGCAGACUUUUACAUUCGACAUUUUUCUAAAAAUAAGCUCCAGAAGUUCCCCCUUCUGCAAGGAGCAGUUUAUCCCGAGGUGGAUAGCACUUGAAUUCCAAGCCCUGUCACCAGCACAAAAAUUUGUAUUUGGAUAUUUUUUAAAUUCGUUUACAAUACCAAGGGGAGAAACAGAAUUUUAAUUUUUUGUUGUUAGAUGACUUACAAAUGUUCUCACCAAGAAAACGCUGUGAAGCAUUUACUGUAUUUCUGCUUUGAAGAAGCAGGUACAGUUAGCCACUGUGGUCACUUUAUUUUUACUGGCUACGUACAUUCCUCUUAUAAAGGUGGAGUUGUAGUUCUAGAGUUCAUUGUCCCAUUGUAAUGUUUGAAUUGUAUUUAAUAUCAAACUUUAAUAUAGCUGGAUCUGCUACUAAUUUUGUUUACUCUUGCAGUGUUAAAAGAUUCGCAUCCUCAUUUAAUCAGUUGCAUACGAGUGCAGUUUAAAUAGCCGUAACGUAUAUGUAACUGUACUGAGUGAAUGCUAUAAGGUGAUCUUGGUAAUUUAAUGGUCUGUUCAGUUACCAAAUUAUGAAUUUCAAGUUGCACUAAACCUGUCCUUGUUUUAGCAGUGGUUUAAAUAAACAUUUAAAAGAAA